CUUCUUGUUUUUAGCUAUUAGCCGUCACUGCUAAGUAACUUUACAGGUUCCUACCGAAAUAAAAGUCUGAACACGAAUCGCCCGAGCGUCACGCUGCGAACGAGAGCAGUCACACGUCAUUUGACAAGUUACUAUGGAAGAAGUACAGCAGGGCAGCAAUGGCACUGAGUCACAGACUGCAACCAUUCCCACUACCAUCACAUCCGCUCAGUUCUCACAGAUAGCGCAGCAGAUGUCAUUGGGAGGUUCUUCUGUGGCUGUCGUGCAGCUGCCUGGGGGUCAGUUUCAGGUUCAGGGAGUGAUCCAGUCUGCACAGUCGUCAGUCAUUCAGUCCCCUCAGGCACAGAGUGCAACGAUCCAGGGUACUGAUAGCGAAGACUCUCAAGACUCCUCUGAUAGUGGCGCACCACCCCAGAAGACCAGGGACAUACUCGCGAGGCGGCCGUCGUACAGAAAAAUCCUUAAUGACCUUUCAUCUGAGGAAACGACACACAUCGAAGGAAAGGAGAGCAGCCCAGCAUCCACAGGAGUGACCGGCAUCACAGUGCCAAGCACGCCGAUCUACCAGACCAGCACCGGCCAGUACAUUACCAUCUCUGCUAAUGGCGCAAUCCAGCUGGCGUCUCCAGGGACUGAAGGCAUUCCUGGCCUACAGGCUGUCACCAUGGCCAACUCUGGUGGAGCACAACAAGGACCUACCAUCCUUCAGUACGCCCAGACGCCUGAUGGCCAGCAGAUACUCGUGCCUAGCAACCAAGUAGUAGUACAAGGUGCUGGAGGAGAGGUGCAGACGUACCAGAUUCGCACUGCACCCACAUCUGCCUCCCUUCCCCAGACCGUGGUGAUGACCUCUCCUGUUGGACUGUCCCAGACUAAAACUGAUGAUCCAACACUAAAAAGGGAAAUCAGGCUUGCAAAAAACAGAGAAGCCGCCCGUGAGUGUCGACGGAAGAAAAAGGAAUACGUUAAAUGUCUAGAGAACCGUGUUGCUGUUCUGGAGAACCAAAACAAGACACUGAUUGAAGAGCUGAAAACAUUAAAGGAUCUUUACUGCGUUAAAACGGGAUAACCUUCUCUCAGUGCACAUAUCGAGACAGCUCUCAUGCAUUUGGACAAGUCUGGGUUUCUGGGAACACUUCACUUCAGGCUGAAGCCUCCAGUCUUUUUUUUUUUUACUCUGAUAUAAAGUGACUUUUGGCAGUGAGAUUUACUGGACAAAUUGGCCAUUUUUCCAACUGCUGUCCUUUUUUUUUUUUUUUUUGUACAAAAAAUGCUAACGCUA